AUGUCUCCCAUUUCAAAACCAGUCUUCUUCUUCUCCUUCGUCUUCUUCCUCAUCAACAACACUUCUCUCACAUCCUCUUUCUCUCUCCACCUCCCUCUCAAAUCCCUCCCACUCUCUCCUCCCACCACCAAAUUCGCCACCUCCCUCCUCUCCCGCCGGAACCCAUCUCCGUCGUCGUCUCCUCCAUACAACUUCCGAUCAAAAUUCAAAUACUCAAUGGCUUUAAUCAUCCCUCUCCCAAUCGGAACACCGCCACAAACCCAACAAAUGGUUCUCGACACCGGAAGCCAACUAUCAUGGAUCCAAUGCCACCGCAAAAAAAUCAUCCCUCCGCCGAAAACCACGUUCGAUCCGUCGCUCUCCUCCUCCUUCUCCGAUUUGCCUUGCUCUCAUCCUCUCUGUAAACCGCGAAUUCCCGAUUUUACCCUCCCCACCUCUUGCGACUCCAACCGUCUCUGCCACUACUCUUACUUCUACGCAGACGGUACCUUCGCCGAGGGCAAUCUCGUCAAAGAAAAAAUCACUUUCUCGAAUACCCAAAGUACCCCUCCUUUGAUACUCGGCUGCGCUACCGAAUCUUCAGAUGAUAGGGGUAUUUUGGGAAUGAAUCGUGGUCGUCUGUCUUUCGUCUCGCAAGCUAAGGUUUCGAAAUUCUCUUACUGUAUACCUCCGAAAUCGAACCGGCCCGGUUUUACACCGACCGGUUCGUUUUACCUCGGGGAUAACCCGAAUUCUCGCGGGUUUACGUAUGUUUCUCUGUUGACUUUUCCCGAGAGUCAACGAAUGCCGAAUCUGGAUCCUCUCGCUUACACUGUACCGAUGAUUGGGAUUCGAAUUGGUCGAAAGAAGCUUAACAUUUCCGGUUCAGUUUUUAGACCGGAUGCAGGCGGGUCGGGUCAAACCAUGGUUGAUUCGGGAUCCGAGUUUACUCACUUGGUCGAUGCAGCUUACGAGAAAGUGAGAGAAGAGAUAGUGAGACUUGUAGGGCCCAGACUCAAGAAGGAUUACGUGUACGGCGGAACAGCUGACAUGUGUUUCACUGGAAACGCGGUGGAGAUCCAACGGUUGAUAGGCGAUCUCGCGUUUGAGUUUAGGAGAGGAGUUGAGAUACUUGUUCCGAAAGAGAGGGUUUUGGCUAACGUGGGAGGUGGGAUCCACUGCGUUGGAAUCGGACGGUCGAGCAUGCUUGGAGCAGCUAGUAAUAUAAUCGGGAACGUUCAUCAGCAGAAUCUGUGGGUUGAGUUUGAUGUGACCAAUAGGAGAGUGGGAUUCGCUAAAGCUGAUUGUAGCAGAUUACAGUGA